AUGCUGUGGCUGUUUCUUUGUUCCAGUUGAUGUUGGGGGCUGCUGGAGUAUUACUCUAACACAGCACCAAAAUGAGUGAAAAGGAAGACCAAGGAGAUCCAGCAGAUAUGGGUGAUUUAACAGAAAGUGGAGAAUAUGAGGAUGAUUUUGAAAAAGACGUUGAAUGGCUAAUUAAUGAAGAAGAAAAAGAAAACCUUGGUGAAAGAGAGAAUCCUGAAAAAAAUGAAGAGGAUAUCGAAGUACAAAUUGUUAAAGUUGCGGACAACUUUGAGGAAGACAAUGAGGAAAUGGAAGAAAAUCCAGAUCAGCUUUCCGAGGCAGAUGUAGAUGCGGAAGUGAGACCCUCCAAUGAAGAAAGUUUGGAAUCCAGGUCUGAUAUUAAACAGGGGGACCGUGUAUCUGAUACUGAUAGUGAAAGCUCUAUCCAGGAAUCCAGGCUGGAAAACCAGCAGGAACUGGAUGAGGAAGAGGAUGAAGAAAUAAAGCGUUACAUCUUGGAAAAGAUUGAAGAAGCCAACAAACUGCUGGAGAAUCAGGCUCCUGUGGAUCAGAAUAGAGAACGGAAAUUAAAAUUUAAGGAUAAGUUGGUGGAUCUUGAAGUUCCUCCUCUAGAAGAUGCUGAAGUUUGUAAAACUGACCUUGCAAGAGGAGAUGAUGUUUCAAAUAGGCUGUCUCAGUUGCAUAUUUCUAAUGAAAUGGGACAGGAAAGCACAUCACUUUCACCACAUGCUGGCAAGGAUGAGGAAAAGAAGGAUGGUAAAAUCCUAGUGGAAAAAGAUGGGAAGUUUGAACUCUUAAGUUUACGUGAUAUUGAAAGCCAGGGCUUUUUGCCCCCAAUAAGUGUUUCUUUUACCGAUAUUGAAACUCAACGUAUGUCUCCAAAAUCUUCACACUACCGUCCUUUCGGCACUGUCUCUCGAACAAAGGAAGUACCUCCAGUAAGACCAGGAGCACAUUCUUUUUCUCCUGGUGGUGAAGAGUGUGUGUAUUUCCCUAAGCCUCCAUCUAACCCUAAGCGUCGUCCAAAUUCUGCUAUCAAUGCUGCAAGAAGUCUGGGAAAACGGAAGACUCCGCAGAGGGCACAGUCUGCAAAUGUGCCUGUGAGAAGUUCCACUUACUGUCUUUCUCCCAGACAAAAAGAAUUGCGGAAGCAGUUAGAACAAAGGAAGGAAAAACUGAGGAAAGAGGUAAAGAUACAGAGGCAACAAAAAAGGGAACAAGAAGAACAGAAGAGAAGAGAGAAUGAGACGGUUUUUAAAGCUUGGUUACAGAAGAAGAAAGAACAAGUGCAAGAAGAAAAGCGAAUUCGUCGUGCAAAGGAGCUAGAAGACUUGAACGGCAAAGAGAGGAGCAGGAAUCCAGAAGAAGCCUUCAAGUUAUGGCUUAAAAAAAAGCACCAAGAACACAUCAAAGAAAAACAGAUAGAAAUUUUGAGACGCCAAGCUGAGGGAAUCGCCUUUUUUCCAAGAACAGAGGAAUGCAACAGAGCCUUUAAAGAAUGGCUAAAAAGAAAGAGAGAAGAAAAACGAGCAGAAGAACUAGCUGCUAAAGAGAGAGCAAGGCAGCUUAGAUUAGAAGCCAGAAGAGCAAAACAGAUGCAGAACAUCCACUGUAUUAGUUCAGAGCCAAAAUCCUUUCGCUUCACAGACCAUUACACUUGAAAGGUUAAUGUAACCACAGAGUUCUUGAUGGCAACCCUCUUAAUUUUUAUGGCUUGAACUUUUGCUCUUUACAGCUACUGACUUUUCGUGGUGUUUUUAAAGCUUUCAAGCAAGUUUAACGAUUACCUUCACUGACAAUGAUUUUACUAUCUAUUUAUUUGUAACUUUGUUGAAAAGCCUGCUUUUAUGUAUAACUCAGGGAUCUUCUUGGUUUGACCAAAUCUAAAUGAGUGCGAGAUCUAUAUACGAGGGUGGCAAAUACACACUGCUGUCUUUAAAAGGCACUUUAUAUUCCACCAUGAAUUCCUGGAUGCAGGCUAUUAUGUAAAAUGUUUGCUGGAUUAAUAUUGCUGUUUGCUGCUGCUUGUGAUGAAGACUGUACAAGGCGUUACGUUGUUGGAAAAUGCUGUUUCUUGUACCACUUCCUAUUGCUCUGUUGACCAGCUGUUAGUUCUGGCUAGACCAGAGGACUAUUUUAUUUUAGUUCAGGAAAAGUGGUCAUUGAAGGCUAACAUGUCUGUGAACGUGCAACAGUUUUUGAAACUUAUUUCUGUGAGUCAUAUUCAGUAGUUUUCUAUUCCAUGAAAUUAAAAGGUUGUGUGAAUUAUGACCUUUACCAAUAUCAAGGAAGCUGGAUUCCUUGUAUACAUGUCCAUGUUUGCUAAAUUAAUUGUAAUAAACUACAUCACCUUACCCAGCUAAACUGUGAACUCUUGUCAGAGAACAUGCUGAGGUCACUCAUGAAAUCAUAAAAGUUAGUGGAAGAUGAGGAGCAUUCUGUCCAGUUAUGUGUCCAACAGAUUUCAUGAUCUGGUAUUGUUCUUUCCACAUUCAAAGUGUUUUCUGGAAGUAGUGUAACAGGUGGAAGUGU